GAACAUAUUUGUCAGGACUGGUCGUAUUUGCGUUAUUUAGAAUUGUGAAAAUGCAUGAUUGCACCUAGCUAGCUUGGAUAAUAUAUUUUAAUGGUUUUAUGCAUGUACACUAUUUGCAAGUCGUAACUAACGAUAAAAAAGUAAACAUUGUCAACCACGCUACUGAAUUCAUCCAUUUUUUUUCUCCGCCUUUGUCACGAUAAACAAACGCUGUAAUGACAUCAGCUGUCAGUGUUGUCUUGUGUGGACYUUGUCCCCUCUCCAGUUUUGCAGGCAGCAGACAGACACCGGUUCCAUCCAUAGUCAUCGGGAAAUCUCAGUUUUGCUGCACCACUGCCAGGAACAUGUUAAGCAAGAAAAGCAGGAUGCAGAAAGGAUAAGGAAGAGUGCAGUGCAAAGAGGAAAGGAGCGGAGAAGGGAUAGUCUUCACGUUCUGCUCAGUGUGUAUGUGUUAGGRUGCAUGAAGCUAUAGACCACUGCACUGAUGGAGAAGAGGGAGAGGAAGCCUGGCUACUUUGCCAGGCUGAAGAGGCGGAGACAGCUCAAGCAGAGCCAAUCAGGGAAGGCAGUGGCUGAGCAGAACCGGUCGGAUUCGUCCGCAAAGAUGCCCGUCAUCUCCUGCCCAGACCCUGCUUUUUCUGAACCCCUGGAGAGGAUUAAACCUAACCUGCCUGGAGGCUCAGAUGGCAGCAGCAACGGGAGCAGCCAGGCCAAGAGAGAGAAGAGGCCCCCCGGGACAGUGGAGUAUACCGUGGGACUCCAGGAAUCUCUAAGCAGCAUUGCUCUGAAGUUUAACAUCACCCCGAACAAACUGGUGCAGCUCAACCGUCUCUUCUGCCGUAGUAUUUAUCCUGGACAGAAGCUGUUUGUUCCUGACGUGGGCCAAUCGGGUGCCGACUCUCAGUCUGUGGGUUCUUUUGACCUCGCCUUCCCCAGCGGCCUAUCAGAGAAGGUGUUACAGGAUGGAGACUCCAGCGGCAGGUCAGUAAGACCAUUACGACGGCUGCUGUCGCCCCCGUCCGAGGACGAGAGCCCCGCCACAGUCAAGUUCAUUAAGAUGAGCUGCAAGUACUUUACUGACGGAAUGGGUGUGGUGGGAGGGGUGAUGAUUGUGACGCCCAACAAUAUCAUGUUUGACCCUCACAAGUCGGACCCCCUGGUGAUCGAGCGCGGUUGUGAGGAGUACGGCCUGCUCUGCCCCAUGGAGGAGGUGGUGUCUGUGGCCCUCUACGACGACAUCUCCCGCAUGAAGCUCAAAGACGCGUUGCCGUUAGACCUACCCCAGGAUCUGUGUCCUCUGUACAGGCCCGGGGAGUGGGAGGAGCUGCCCUCGGAGCGCGACCUCAACCCCUUUAGCCGCUACGAGGCGCUGGACUCCAAACGACCCAUCGUCCUGGACGACAUCAACUCUGCCCUGUCAGAGACGGUCAUAGCGAGAGCAGAGUGUGAUCCAGCAGACAAGUCUCCAUCAGAUGAGGUUUUCACAGAGCUGGAGCUUCCCUUGAACGGGAGCGCUGAGGAACCGAAGAGCGGAUCCAGACCACCUGCCACUGCUACAAGCCCGAACCAGCAAGGAGAGCCUCCAGGAUCUAAUACCCCUAAACGGUUAAAGUCCCAGGACCAGUCCCCCUCUGACGCAGUCCCACUGACCUCGCAGAGAGGGGAGGAGGAGGAUGAAGGACUGGUACAGAACAGCUCCAUUGAGGACACGACAGAAUCACUGCCCGUCUCAUCAGAGACUGAGAAAGAUGGUGAACUCUUGAAGGAGAAGUCUGCUAGCCUAGCCACAGGCCGAGACAAAGAUGACAACUCUACAGGGCAACUAGUGAACAGUGUUAGCAUUAGCGAACAAUCAGAAUCAGCAAUGGACCAAAACAGGAAGCUGAGCUUCAGCGAGACCGCUGAGGCUCCGGGAAAAUGUAUUUCUUGGGAACCCAGCCCUGCAGGCGAGCUGCAGAACGGACCAAUGAUAGAGGGGCUGAGUGAGGAAGGGAAGCGGAAGAGGAGCAACAAAGCGGAGGUGAAGUCCAGGCUGCUGGAGCGGAUGCAGGCGCCCAUCCAAAACACGCUUCUGUCCACGGAGGAGAAGAGUAAGACCCCUCCCAUGUUCCUUUGCCUCAAGGUUGGYAAGCCCAUGAGGAAGUCCUUCGUCAUUAGCCAGUCAUCCAGCCCCGCUCACACGAGAGGAAAGCAGCCGGAGUACUGGUUUGCUGUGCCCCAGGAGAGGGUGGACCACCUAUAUGCAUUUUUUGUCCAAUGGUCUCCUGACGUGUACGGUAAGGUGGCCAGGGAACAGGGCUUCGUGGUCGUGGAGAAGGACGAGCUCAACGUGAUCGAUAACUUCUUCAGUGACCCCGUGACCCCUCACAGCUGGGAGAUCAUCACCAUCAACGAGGCGACGCGCAGGCAGACUUUUGGCAGUUACGAAGGGGAGGAGCCUUCAGGGGAUCCACUGCCGAUGCUCAGUGACCCUAGCACUCUGCUACAGGACACACACAUAGAGAAGCUUGCGUGUCGGCUGCCGGCGCGGGUGCAGGGGUAUCCAUGGAGACUGGCUUACAGUACGGCAGAACACGGGACCAGCCUAAAGACCCUGUACAGGAGCCUAUUGGAUGUGGACAGCCCUGUGCUACUGGUCAUCAAAGACAUGGACAACCAGUUGUUUGGGGGAUACUCUACCCAUCCCUUCAGAGUAAGUGAUCACUGCUAUGGCACGGGAGAGACCUUCCUCUUCAGCUUCUGCCCUGAGAUCAAGAUGUACUGCUGGACUGGGGAGAACUCCUACUUUGUUAAAGGCAACAUAGAUUCUCUUCAGAUGGGAGGAGGAGGAGGUCAGAUAGGGCUGUGGGUGGACGCUGACCUGUACCACGGCACCACCUCCAGCUGUGCCACCUUCCACAACCAGCCCCUCUCCCCCCGGAAGGACUUCACCAUMCACAGUGUGGAGGUCUGGGCCUUCGAGUAGCCUCCCUCCACCUCCAGUCUCCGCCAAACCCCACCCACACUGGUGGGAACUUAGACCUAGUUUCAACGAUUCUGAUGCAAUUGUCCUUGCUAACGAAAUCCCUCAUAGGUAACUAUAAAACAUCAUUGUGAGAUUUUUGUAUUGGGGAAAGUGUCUAAUAGUUGGUACAAUGCCCAUCAAAAGGGAAUAAGGCAUCUGGUGAAGUGAAUAAACAACCAUCAAUUCUCUACAAACGGAGCCAAUCAGAUUGCUCCUUUUUGUUAUCAACCAGAAUAAUCUGAUUUCCCUGAGAUAUUAGAAACUGAUGUGAAAAGAGGAAGCAGGUGAAAGGGAAGUGCUUUUAGGUAGUGCUUUUGAGACUMAUUUCUCUAACACACACACAUCCGCCCCAAACCCACUUUAAAUAUAGGAGUAAUUGUUUACAAAGAGAAGAGGUUUGCAUUCACUGAAGGUUGUAUUGUUCUCAUGUCUCCAGUCCUAUAUAGACUGAAUGAAAAUGUUGCAUUUCAUGACCCUCGCUUUCCAAAACAACUGCCCACUAAGGGAACAUACAGUGCAUUCGGAAAGUAUUCAGUCCCCUUCACUUUUUCCACAUUUUGUUAUGUUACAGCUUUGUUCUAA